CAAACUUGUAAGUCUAGUUCAUCGGGGUCUUACCAUCGCGGGAAUAACUGGCUCGGUUAUCGCGGUGAAAAUUCUGCGACUCGCGAGCACUGUCUUUGUGCUAUUCAAAUAUUGUAUUAUUUUUGUUUUUGUGGAUUUUCUUUCUUCGCUGGAUUUGACCGUUGGCUAUGUGAACCUGGACAGUGUGGGGUCUUACACCCCUUUUUUCCCUGGGAUAAGUUGCAGUCUAUAAUAGCCAGAGAGGUCUGCCGGGCGUGAAAAGCGUGGUCGUGCAUCGUUCAUAAAUUGCAGCUACUCCCUGUGCACAUCUAUUCGCGCGUGUAGUUCACCACCGGGAAGACGCGAGUGUUUGUGGCCAUCGAUCUUUGAACCGUCAUCGCUCCGACAGCAUCCACCGGUCGGUUUGCAUUCAUCAUCCGCUGGCGUGCGGCAGUGAUCGGCGGCAGAUGCUUGCGAUUUAGUGAAACAUUUUGGUUGUGAUGUGUUGAAUUGUACCUACCAGCAAUCCCAGGAAGAGCGAACCGAAGUGAGUGAAUCUAUAUCCGGAAUAUAUGGGUCAAGAAACCUAGUGAUCUAGUGAGCAGUGCAUGCAUACACAUAGGUAUCUAGUAAAGAGGAACAACAGUGCAGUUGUGUGGUAAUAUUGAUCCCAUCGCCCAGCGUCAGUGGUUUGUUGACAGUUCGGCGUCAAUCGUGAAAGGAGUAGUGAGAAAAAAGUUGCCGCGGCUGUUUGGAUUAGAUCGGCUUACCGGUCAGGGAUCGAGGUACGGAAAGCUGUAAACUCUAAACCCGCGACGGUGGCGUUGCAGCACAGUUAGGGGAGUGAAGGUAAUCGUCAAAAUUACGCACCAACAUGGAACGGGGACUCCAUGAUCGUGACCGGGUAGGACUCCAGGAUCAGGUCCUACUCGAAAACUACCAGAGCGAAGAUGCUUUCAUCGAUAACCUGAAAAAACGUUUUCAAGAGAAUCUAAUUUACACCUACAUUGGACACGUUCUGAUAUCGGUAAAUCCGUACAAGGAGUUACCGAUCUACACAGAGGAAGACAUCAAACAGUACCGGAAGCGACAUUUUUUCGAAGCGCCACCGCAUGUGUUCGCACUGAGUGACAACGCGUACCGAUCACUGACCGAGGAAAACCGAGGCCAAUGCAUCCUCAUCUCGGGCGAGAGCGGCUCCGGCAAGACGGAAGCUUCGAAGAAGGUUCUACAGUUCAUUGCCGCUGCAACGGGGCACACCAACCGGGUCGAAGGCGUCAAGGACAAACUGCUGCAGAGCAAUCCGGUGCUGGAGGCGUUCGGUAAUGCCAAAACCAACCGGAAUGACAAUUCGUCUCGCUUCGGAAAGUAUAUGGAUGUGCAGUUUGAUUUUACGGGAGCUCCGGAGGGCGGUAAUAUUUUGAACUAUUUGCUGGAGAAAAGUCGAGUGGUUCAUCAAAGUACCGGGGAACGAAAUUUCCAUAUAUUUUAUCAACUACUGGCCGGAGCGGAUGAUCAGCUGUUGCAGGAGCUGCAUUUGAAGAGAAACCUGGAUACGUACUACUAUUUGACGGAUGGGGAAAAUGGAAAAGAUUCGAACAUCAAAGACUCUGACCACUACCGACAGGUGCGGAAGGCAAUGUCGGUCAUUGAGAUUCCAGAUCAAGAACAGAAACUAAUCCUAGAGAUUGUGGCCAGCGUACUGCACAUGGGAAACGUAGGCUUCACGGAGGAAGAAGGCCGAGCAAAGAUUCUGAAACCUGAAUCGGUGACGGCGAUUUCAAAGCUUCUUGGUUGUGAAGUGGAACAGCUGCGGAAAGCCUUCACCAAUCGCACAAUUGAAGCGCGUGAAGAUGUCGUCACCAGUCCGCUAAAUCGAGACAUGGCCAUCUACGCUCGGGAUGCACUAGCUAAGGCGGUGUAUGAACGAUUGUUCACCUGGUUGGUGUCUCGGAUCAACACCUCACUGCAUUCGGAGUUCAUUGUCAAAAAGAACAGCGUGAUGGGAAUUUUGGAUAUUUACGGAUUUGAAAUAUUCAAAAAGAAUAGUUUUGAACAGUUCUGCAUUAAUUUUUGCAACGAGAAAUUGCAGCAACUGUUUAUUGAGUUGACACUGAAGCAGGAACAGGAAGAGUACCUGAAGGAGGGUAUUGAGUGGGUACCGGUGGAGUACUUCGAUAACAAAGUUAUCUGUAACUUGAUCGAGGAGAAGUACAAGGGCAUAAUUGCGCUAAUGGACGAGGAAUGUCUGCGACCAGGAGAUCCAACGGAUUUAAGCUUCCUGCGAAAGAUGAAUGACAAUUUGGGCGAUCAUGCGCAUUACAUAUGUCAUAGCAGGGCUUCUACAACGGUUCAGAAAACCCUAGGUCGUGAUGAGUUCCGAUUGGUUCACUACGCCGGUGAUGUCACCUACAAUGUCCAAGGAUUUUUGGACAAAAACAAUGACCUGUUAUUUAGAGAUUUGAAGGAGGCGAUGGCCGGUUGCAAAAAUGAUAUAAUCAAGGCUUGCUUCCCAUCGGCGGAAAUUUCCAGCAAGAAACGUCCGGACACGGCUGUUACUCAAUUCAAGAAUUCGUUGAACAACCUAAUGGACAUUCUGAUGUGUAAAGAACCAUCAUACAUCCGAUGCAUCAAACCGAAUGACUAUCAAACUCACGGCAAUUUUGAAUUUGAACUGGUUCGCCAUCAAGUCAAGUAUCUCGGUCUGAUGGAGAACCUACGGGUGCGUCGGGCUGGAUUCGCUUAUCGCCGAACGUAUGAACGGUUCCUGCAACGCUAUAAAUGCCUUAGCAAACAAACUUGGCCCCAUUACCAUGGACCAGCGAAGGAAGGCGUUCAGAUACUAGCUUGUGAAUUGGGCUAUAAUCGCGACGACUACCGAAUGGGACAAACAAAAAUUUUCAUUCGUUUCCCGAAGACCCUGUUCGACACGGAAGAUGCAUUCCAAGCGAAGAAACACUAUUUAGCGGCUAUAAUCCAAUCUCGCUGGAAGGGACGUCGACAGAGGAAAAUUUACCUUGAGACAUAUGCAAAGAUUAUAGCCGGUCAAAAAUACAUUCGCCGGUAUCUGGCGAUUCAAGAACGCAAACGUCGACGUGCCGCCGCCGAUCAAAUUCGUUUCUUCAUCAAGGGUUUCAUCACGCGACACGACGAGCCAAACGAGUGCAAUAAAUCCUUCAUCGAGCACACUAAACGGCACUGGCUAUUGAAACUAGCCAAAAACCUGCCAAAUUCGUUCAUGAACCAUACCUGGAUACCGGCACCGAAGCACUGUCAGGAUGCGUCCAUCUUAUUGCGAAGGCUGCACAAACUGUUCCUGGCGCGGGUUUACCGACUGAACUUGUCGCCGGAGAAGAAGAAACAAUUCGAGCUGAAAGUCCUGUCCCAGUCCAAAUUCAAGGACAAGAAAAAGAAUUAUCCGGAAAGCGUGGGUCCUUGGUUCGUGGAUGAUCGGAUAUCCAAGAUGCAUGCGACACCGAUCAGCAACUUUGUGGUGACGCAGAUGAACAACGAAAAAUUGCACUACUCCACCCCGGUAAUCAAGUACGACAGGCACGGCUACAAACCACGUGAGCGUUUCUUCCUGCUAACUGACCAGGCUGUGUACCUUCUGGACGGCAAAACCUACAAACAGAAGCAUCGUCUACCGUUGGAUAAGAUCGACUUCUGUAUCACCAGCGAGCGGGAUGGGAUAAUGCUGAUACGGAUCCCGUUGGAGCUCAAGAAGGACAAGGGUGACCUGAUUCUGGACGUACCGGACAUUAUCGAGUGUUGCAUCUGGAUCAUGGAUGUCGCCGGUAAUCGGAACAUUGUGAACCUCGUCGAAACGGGAUCACUAUCGCACAAUCUAGUCAGAGGCAAAACCGGUGUGAUCGAGAUUCAAACUGGACCACAGCCCAGCAUUACGAGGGCGAAGAGCGGAAAUCUGUUGGUUAUUGCAGGUCAAUAAUCGGGAUACCAGAUGCGCAAGCAAUCGGAUGGGAGCACAGUUGAUUUACCACAGUUGUACUUAGAAAUUUAACUUUUUGCUAAGCCACAUUUUAAUCUGGAUUGUAGUUAGGAGGUACCGCGGGAAAUAGCUCUUCUUCUAGGCAAUUGAAAAACUGACGUGUGCCUUUGGAAUACGACAGGAUAACAACGAAUGGUUCAAAAACACAAAAAUAAUAGAAAGAUAGCAUUCUAGUUGCUCCCAAGUGCCAUUAGGUGAUAGGAACUGAAAUACAAUUUGUUUUCCAAAUUACCUCUGCCUUCGACUUUUAAACAUAUUUAAAUAUUUUUAAAAUCAGACAAGCGAAGCUUGCGGAAAAAACACCAUGCACCAUUGCACACAAAAAGCAAACAAUGUUCUAUUCAACUAGACUAGCCAGUAAAUUUUAAUUUUAAUCAAGUUUUUUUCGGUUGAUAAUAAAACACAUUAUUAGUCCAACGUUAUCUACCAAAUACGAAGUUUAUUCCAGCACGCACAGCUUGUUAGUCGCAACAUCAGGAUACAAAACAAAGUAACGUAUGGCAAUUCCCCUCCAUGAUCGUGACCCUCCUCUAACAAACACAUGAUAAUAAUAAUCGCGAAACCAACGGACGCGUGAUUUGCCUGCCAUUCUCCUAAAAAAAUUUAAAACCAGGGACAUCUAGCACGAGUCAAAUGAAAUAAAAACAGACCAAACCAAAUCAUUCUGUUGAGGAAAGCGAUUCUGUUCCCCAUUCGGAAACCGAUAUUUCCAAUAUCGAUGAAUUCCACCCAAAAAAAAUCGUAGGAAUAACCCUAAAAAACAGCUAAGCACGGAAAUCACACUUCAUCAAGCGAAGGGAUACAGAAAUGCGCGUCAUUAAGAGGGGACAAACACACAUGCGCUGCUGUAGGCGCAAUUGUAUUCUUUUACGGUCCAUAACUACCAUUAAUUAUUACUUUUCCAUAGCUUUUUUAUCGCAUUUCCUUCGAUUACAUCCGCUUUUUUAAUCCUGCCUAGGGAUACAUUCACUGAUACAUUGGUAGACUUUGCGUUCAAAGGAAGGAUAGCACGCUAGAAGUUAAAUAUUACAGUUUUCAAAACAGGUUUGACGAACAUGUAAAAUAAUAAAAAACGAAAGACUCUUUGUAGAUUUGUUUGGAAUCUUCCACUGACCAAUUUUUUUACUUUUAAAUAAUCUAUGACAUUUGGAUAUGAAUGUAAAUAAAAUGUUUCGAACAUCUUUAA